AUGUUAAUUUCGGAACUGCUUUUUUCAGACAAAUCUUUCACCAAGGAAAUUUUUCAGCCCAACCUGAUGCUGAUGGCACAGCCAGGACAGAAUGUGACCCUGACAUGUAGCAGCCCGAAUGCUGAAUUUCGGUCAAUCGCUUGGUUCAAGCAGAAUGUUGGACAGAAGCCUCAAUUUAUUGUAGGAUCAUUCAGAUACUCCACGGAGUACACAUUCUACAAUGGCUUUAAUGAAACAAAAAGAUUUGUCCUCCAGAAAAAAGGAAACAUAUUUAACCUAUACAUUUCUAAAAUUAAUCCCUUGGAUUCAGCUACAUAUUACUGUGCUUUUGUGUAUUCACUUGAAAUACAAUUCGUUAGAGGAACUUUUUUAAAUAUUGAAGAGCGCAAAUCCACAAGCAGGACUGUGGUGCAGCAGCCUGUGUCAGACCCAGUGCAUCCAGGAGACUCGGUGACUCUGCAGUGUGCAGUAGUCAGUGAGACCUGUGCAGGAGAACAAAGUGUUUACUGGUUCAGACACGGCUCGGGAGAAUCCCUUCCGGGACUCAUUUACACCCAUGGAAACAGGAGCGAUGAGUGUGAGAAGAGCCCUGAGGCUGGGUCUCCUACACACAGCUGUGUCUACAGCCUCCCCAAGAGGAACCUCAGCCGCUCUGAUGCUGGGAUUUAUUACUGUGCUGUGGUCACAUGUGGGGAGAUACUGUUUGGAAAUGGGACGCAGCUGGACAUUGAAGGCCAUGGUGUCUCUCCAGCAUUUAUCGGUAUGGGGAUUGUAUUAACUUUCUCUGCCAUUCUCAACUUUGCUCUUAUUUGCACCAGAAACUACAGAAAAUGUUGUGAGCACUCUACAGAUAAGAAAAAACAUCAUGACGGUUCGGCAGAAGACUUGAAAGCAACUGAAAAGAUCGCAAAUCCACAAGCAGGACUGUGGUUCAGCAGCCUGUGUCAGACACAGUGCGUCCAGGAGACUCGGAGAGAUGAGUGUGAGAAGAGCCCUGAGGCUGGGUCUCCUACACACAGCUGUGUCUACAGCCUCCCCAAGAGGAACCUCAGCCGCUCUGAUGCUGGGAUUUAUUACUGUGCUGUGGUCACAUGUGAGGACAUUCUGUUUGGAAAUGGGACGCAGCUGGACAUUGAAGUUAGUGUCAUCGGUAUUCAGGAAAAACAGAAAAUGUAA